CAUGGUGCAAAAGGCUUUGAGGUCAAACGCGCGACAUUAUUGAUUGACAAUUGAAAUUAUUAUCGGGAAAUAAUACAGUUUAGUGCAAAGUAACGGUACGAUACGAAUAACGGUUUGUUGGUCACUGGAAAUAAUCGUGGAAUAGUCGCGUCUUUCAUCAAACAAUCGAAUCGCGUGAGGUCGGGGGUCAGGACUCCCGCGGCCGGUAUCUUGUGUGCUGGCCCGGCUUAAGCCGAUUCGUAAACUUUAGAGCAGAGAUAAUUGAAGAAAAUUGUUGUUUGUUUUGAACCGAGAAAAAAAAAAUGAUGCAAGUUUAUCUCAUUCGGCUCAAGUGUGAAUAAAAAAAUAAAUCAAAAGCGAAAAAUCUGAUUGCGCAAGUGUCUGUGGGUGAAUCCAGUACAGAGAAAAAUUAGCGCAACGCAAGGUAUGCCCUACAGCAAUGGGGCGACGCUGCGCUUCCUGCUGCCGAUUCCAUUCCGUAGCAACUACCAGGACUGCAAUCUGACGCGUCUGUCGCAGAGUUCCGAUUCCGUGUACCACGACGAGGCGUACGACGUCGUCGGUUCCAUCAUUCCACUAGCCUACCGGCCAAUGAGUGCCAUCAACGGUUGCGCUGCUGCUUCCGAAAUAUGUGACUGUGGUUGCGGAAAUGAUGAUGAUCAGGAUCGUGGCAGGGGCAAUGGUGUGCGGAAUGAGUAAGUAUACUUCAGGUAA